GAACACCUCAACCCCACUGGUUGCACAUCAUGGCAGCACGGAAGCUGCAAACCGAGAUAGACCGCACCUUGAAGAAGGUCUCGGAGGGCGUCGAGGUCUUCGAGAGCAUAUACGACAAGAUGCAGGCCUCCACAAACCAGACACAAAAGGAGAAGCUGGAGACGGAUCUGAAGACACAAAUCAAGAAGCUGCAGCGACUACGAGACCAAAUCAAGACGUGGGUCGCGAGCAAUGACAUCAAGGACAAGAGUUCAUUGCUCGACAACCGCAAGCUGAUUGAGACGCAAAUGGAGAAGUUCAAAGCAUGCGAGAAGGAGAUGAAGACGAAGGCUUUCUCGAAAGAGGGCCUUACACAAGCGUCCAAGCUCGACCCGAAGCAGCAAGAGAAAGUGGACACCAUGGCAUGGGUCCAGACGAUGAUGGACGACCUGAUGGUCCAAGUCGAGUCUGCGGAGGCGGAAAUUGAGACAUUGCAAGGGGGCGGUAAGAAGAAGAACAAAUCUGGGGGCGCACAAGCAGAACGGCUAGAGUCUCUGGAGAGGUUGAACGAGAGGAGAAAGUGGCAUAUAAGCCGCCUCGAGAUCAUCCUCCGGUUACUCGACAAUGGUUCUCUCGCCACGGACAGGAUCAUCGCAUUGCAAGACGACGUCAAGUACUUCGUGGACAGCAAUAUGGAGGAGGAGUUCGAGGAGUAUGAGGAAGUAUAUGACGACCUCAACCUGGACGAAGAGGAGGAGAAGUUCAGGUUACCGGCAGAUGAUAGCGAGAGCGAGGUGUCCGAGGAGCCAAGUGAAGACUUGCCAAUACGCACGCCUGCGAAGAAACACGAUGAGGAGAGUGUUGCAAGCAGUCACAAACGAGAUAGCAGUCCAGUAUUGAAGAAGGCAGCGGUAACAUUAACACAACGAAAACAAUCAAUAGCAACAGAAACCGCGAAACCUCCACCACCCGCCAACUUCGCCCAACAGUCAGUAGCAAGUAUGGUGAAGGCGCCUGUACCACCACGAAAUCCUCAAACGGGAUAUGCGAAAGUCGCAGCUGCGGCAGUGGCACCACUUGCACUAUCAACAACACCAUCGACAUCAGUAACGUCGAAUGUGACUGCUGUACCAUCAACACCUUCGGUGACGACGGCGUCGAGCUCGGCAGCGUUGGACCAGCAGUCUGCAGUGACCUCUUCGCCAAGCCUGACACAUCCUUCAAUAACAAGCCCAAUGCUCUCCUCUGCGUCACUAUCACAUCGACCAGACGACUCCUUGCAUUCUGCCUACGGCUCUCCUGCGCUUCUUAACACGGUACCCAGUGCGAUCGGUGGCCCUGCUGCGACAUCGUCCCCACAACGGCAAACAGCUCGCAAAGCGUCUCUACCCUCACCAACAUCGUUGCAACCACCCGGCAUCCCUCACCACGCACUACCGGACUCGCAAGCGACAGCGGUCUCGCCACUCAACGGCAGCUCGUCACCGUCAACGCAAGUCAUCGGCCAGCAACCACCAGCACCCGCCGGGCUCUCGCCACUCCCGCAAGAGGGGCGUACGUACCCCGCUGCGUCGCCCUCGGUCAACCCGCUCGCCGUGUCCCCAAUGCCCGCGCCCGCGCAGCAAGUGCCCCAAUUCCCGCCCGGGGUCGCGCUCGGGCCUGCGGACCAGACGAAGCUCGCACAGGCAGCGCCGGGUUCUGCGCGUCCGCCCUCUGCCGCCGCGUCGCAGCUGCCGCCUGGUGCGCAGCUGCCCCAGCAGCAACAGCGCCAGAACGCGUUCCCCGGCUCGCUUUCUGACUUGGUGAUGUCGUUUGAGAGUGUGAAGCAAAAGGCGCCACACCGGAUGUCAAACCUCGACCAGGUGCACAAGCUGCUGCAGGGCAGCUACUCGAGCAUGCCGCAACCACAGGACACGGAGAAGCCGAAGUACUACGUACCGCGGAACCCCAUCCAGACGCCUGCGUACUACCCGCAGGUACCGAACCCCAUCCUGAGCUCGCCAGGCAUCUUCUCGCAACUCGACGUCGAGACGCUCUUCUACGUGUUCUACUACCACCCGGGCACGUACCAGCAAUACCUCGCGGCGAAGGAGCUCAAACGCCAGUCAUGGCGGUUCCACGUGAAGUACCUGACGUGGUUCCAGCGUCACUCCGAGCCGCAGGCGAUCACGGAGGAGUACGAGCAGGGCGUGUACGUCUACUUCGACUGGGAGGGCUCGUGGUGCCAGCGGAAGAAGAGCGACUUCCGCUUCGAGUACCGUUACCUCUCCGAGGACUGAGCGCUGCCCCUCCUGCACGGGGGCGCACGCGGACCCUUUCGACGCCGGUGCUUCGUUUUCCGUGCCCCUUCUUUCCUCGCUCUUUUAUCCACGCUGCUGCCCAGUUGUCGUUUCCUUGAGACUGUUCCGCAGAACACUCGACCCCGCGUCUCUCUCUCUUUUCUUCGUCCUCUUAGCACCACGCGCUAGCCUGGCAUAGUACUACCAGUCCCCGUCUUGAUCUGCGGCUACCGCGCCUGUAUAUGAACUGCUAUAAUCGUUGUAUUCCUCCCGCCU